ACGCGUAACCGUUAAAACGUGAAACGUCUGUGUAGCGGCAAUUUUUUAAGUAUCGCGCUAUUGUCUGUCUGUCUGUCUCUCCUUCUCCGUUGUCUGCGUUGCGUUUUUUUUAGUUGUGUCGUCUUUCGCUCAAUUUAAAUUAAACGCAGUCUUUUUUUAUUUUUGGUGUUUUGUUUUUUUUUGCUGUUGUUAUUUGCCAAAAAACAUGCAACGAAUUGAAGUGACCAGCGUCCUGAUCCUGGCAUUAGUUGCCUGCGGACAUGCCCUUGCCGUCGGUUCCCCCGAGUGCCCUGAGAAAUAUGGCGUGCAAGCUUACGCACACACCGAGAACUGUGAUCAGUUCUUUCUCUGCACCAAUGGCACACUGACUUUGGAGACUUGCGAGAAUGGUUUGCUCUUCGAUGGCAAGGGGGCGGUGCACAAUCACUGCAACUACAAUUGGGCCGUGGACUGCAAGGGACGCCAGUGGGAUCCGACACCAAUCUCGACGCCUGGCUGCGAAUAUCAGUUCGGUUUGUAUGCCGUGUCCAAGGAAUGCUCGACCACCUACAUCAAGUGCGCCCAUGGCGAACCCCACGAACAGGAUUGCGACGCUGGCUUGGCUUACGAUGAGCGCAUCCAUGGCUGCAAUUGGCCCGACCAACUGCUCGAUCACUGCAAUCCUGAGGCUGUUGUCGGCUUCAAGUGCCCAACGAAAGUGGACCCCAACUCGGUUGCCGCACGCUUCUGGCCCUUCCCCCGCUUCCCCGUGUCGGGCGAUUGUCACCGUUUGAUCACCUGUGUUGAGGGCUACCCGCGUCUCAUUAGCUGCGGCGAGGAUAAGGUAUUCGAUGAGCAUACGCUUACCUGUGAGGAUCCCGAAUACGCCAGCGGUGGCUGUGCCAACUAUGGCAAAUAGUGUUGUUGGCGCA